GAGGUUGAUGGAGUGUCGGAAGCUGGAAAGUGAGACCGCGCGGAUCAAUUUUUCGACGGGGAGACCAAACCCGACCAAACCAAAUGGGCCAACCCUCCCGUCACCUCCGCAGAGCAAUGGAUGCUUGUGUUUAAGCUCCCCAUCAUUCUUAAUGAGCAUUCGAGUUUAGCGCACAUCUCAUCCUUGUUAUACUUUAAUUUCUGAAUUUACUUACACUCCAUGUUAUACUUUGGAGCUGCACCUAUAAUGAUUGCGCACAUCAACUAAACAAUCAAACUGCCGCAAUGUCGCUGACUAUUACCUCGGAGGGCAUAGGCCAUGAUGAUGCUGGUAAUCGUCGCGAGAGAUCUUGGCUGUUCCCAUCGAAUCGCAAGCUCCGCCAUCUACAAGGCAUCUCGAUUCGUAAUCUUGUUGUUGACCCCCCGAGCAGGACUCGGGGGAAAACUAUUGAUGACGAAGAUAUUCCCAACUCGUUCCAAUCGCCGUCGAAGAUCCUUGCACAGGAUGCGAGUCGCCCCCUGAAUCACUCGCGCUCGUUCACAAAUCUCAAAUCCGUCAAGGCAGCCGGCGAUAAGUGUAUUAGUCGCGAGCCGCCACCCCGGCGACAGCCACAACAAAGGCGAAACACCUUACCUUGGAGCGAUCCCAACCCGCGUGCUAGACAAGUGAAAUUGGAGGAUAUCACGAGGAGUCGAAUGGCAGAUACCUGGUUCUCCAUGCAUUGCGACAAGAUCGAAGAACCGGUGUAUGUGAGCGAGAUCGUGAAGGAUGCAACGAACCCAAGCUUCCGUUCCUUCGACCUGAACAUGUGCGGGCCCUUAGUCUCGCGAUCGGAUAGCUUCACCCUCAAAUUAUGGGCGAAGACGACCGCUAUGGAAGAGUACAUGCUGUUGGUGGAAUUGCAGUUACAUCUACAAUCCCUACAGUUUCUAGGAAAGUCGUUGGAUAGCUUCCACCAACCGCUACCGUCAAACUCAGUUCUUUGCCAUUUUGCGGACGGCGUUUAUGGGAAUCUGACGGAUCUUCCACCAGUUUGGGUGCCUUUGCCUGCAAAAGCAUCCAAAACUUCCGAUAGGAAUGCGCUGUCGACUUCAUCCUACGACGCACUGAUGCGGCUGGCAAACCUGGAUGAGUGCAUUCAAGACGCACUUAUCACUAGGGAGAAGCUGGAGGCUCAAAUAAGUUCAAUUCUGGAGAGGAACCAGAAAGCUUUAGCCGUGACUAGCGAGGUUUCGCGAGCUCGGGAUAAAGUUACGCUGACGAAACAGGCGGCUGUGUCUGAGAGGAAACAACUUCGCCUGACUAGGAAACGUAAGGAAGAACUGGUCGCCAGUUUACGCGCGAGGAAGGAGGCUAUGGCGCGUGGGCGCCAGACGCAAGAAAGAGCUCGUAGUCAUCUGCCCGAUGCGCAGGAGAAGCUGCACUCCAGUGCUAAAUUACUGGAAAAAGAGACAGAAGACUCCAAGGGCCAAAUUCGGCGCAUCUCAGAGGAUCUACUGGCAAUCUACCCUAUUGAGCCGAUCCCCGACAAACCGCUCGCGUUCACAAUAGCGGGCCUUGCCUUGCCGAACUCGAACUUCACCGAUAUUCAUCGGGACGCUGUUGCGGCCGCACUGGGAUAUACUGCACAUUUGGUUUAUUUACUGUCCUUCUAUCUAUCCGUGUCCAUACCCUAUCCGAUCAAUCCGUAUCUGUCCAACUCGCAGAUCCAGGACCCGGUUUCCGUCUCGCUUCCACAACGAACAUACCCACUGUACCCGGUCAACGUCCAUUACCGGUUCGAAUAUGGGGUGUUUCUGUUGAAUAAGAACAUUGAGUUUCUGCUGACUAAGCGGGGCCUUCGGGUGCUGGACAUUCGACAAACUCUCCCCAACUUGAAGUAUCUGCUGUACGUGCUCACGGCGGGGACAGCAGAAAUCCCCGCACGGAAGGCUGGGGGAAUUCGAGGCCUGCUACCGGGCCGGUUGACCCCCAGCAUGUCGAGACGCGGGAGCGAAGACAGCGUUGCAUACAGCGAAUCCAACUUACCCCGGAAAAUGAUGAGUUCGUUGGUGAAAUCCAAUGGGGACGUCGCGCUUGACAAGGGGAAGAAAAAUAUCCCUGUCUUGAACACGACGUCAGCCUCUCAGGUGGCCUAAACCCGGUCCAGUCCCUCGUGGUGGUUCUGGAUCUGCGUAAAGGGGGCUUAUCUUGCUGACCCCUAGCGUCUCCGCCGUGAUGAUUUUUACGAUCAGUAAAUUUUUCUCUUUCUCGAUCUUGUUUAAUUACGAUGUGGGUGGAAUUUACUGUGCAUCUGUAGCAUUUGGGAUGGGUUGAUAUCCCAUAUUUUAAGCAUUUCCAUUUGUAUAGUAUCUGUGGUCGAUUUUGCUGCGUUCUCAAAUAGAGGGAGACAUACAACGGGAUGCAAAAGCACCAAGAAAAAUAAAACCUCGACUGGCGGGAACGCGAACCGACGGUGUCG